AUGUACAAUCAGAUUCCGUGGAAACCUGGCACAGCUGCGAAGGGCUUUCACUGCGAGAAAUGCAACUGCAAUGGUCAUGCAACCUCGUGCAGAUAUGAUCAGGAAGUGGCCGACAGAAGACUGUCUAUGGACACUCUUGGGAAAUUUCGUGGCGGUGGCGUCUGCAUUAAUUGCACUGAACAUACAACUGGCAUUAAUUGUGAAAAAUGUCAAGAUGGAUAUUACAGGCCGAAUGGUGUUGCCCCUGAUACACCUGAACCAUGCUCACCGUGCAACUGCAAUGUGUAUGGUAGCACGGGGCACUGCACUCCCGAUGACUCUUAUACGCACAUAGGAAAGGUAGCAGGUGCUUGCAAUUGCAAAUCUGGCUACUCCGGCUACAAGUGUGAUCAAUGUGCCGCCGGUUACCGACAGUUCCCGGAUUGCAUGCCUUGUCCCUGUGACCCCCGUGGGAUUCUUCCAUCUCACGACUGCGAAGGUGAUUGUCUUUGCAAGGCGAACGUCGACGGAGACUUCUGCGACAAAUGCAAAACAGGACAUUUCGCGCUAACAAAGGAAAACAUCGAUGGCUGCUUUCCCUGCUACUGUUUCGGUGUCAGUGACCGUUGCAGUGCGGCGAAGUUAUCGUACUCUAUGAUAUCAUCUCUGGAAAAUUGGCUAAUUACCAACAUGAACGCGUCACAGGCUGUUAUUCCUGUCGUGGACACGGACAGCGGUUGGCUCAUGGUGGCAGCUUUCGAGGUCGAAUACGAUAGUCCAUUUUGGUUGGCUCCACCAAUUUAUUACGGCAAUCGUCUCUCAUCUUACGGCAGUAAUAUCACUUACUCUGUCACCUGGGUCGUUAUGCGUGGCGAUACCAGCGGAAAACCGACCACGGGACCAAACGUUAUUUUAGUUGGUAAUAAUGGUAUGCGAAUAGCUUACGGCGAGGAACAAUAUAAUGGCCAGGAAGCGGAGAUCAGCGUUCCUCUACUUGAAAACGGCUGGUAUCACGUACGCAGCGAGAUUCAAGAUAUUCCUAGCAGAUUAAGGAGAACCGAAUUUCGCGGGGAUCCUGUUACCAGGAUACAAAUGAUGCGGGUUCUCGCUGAUUUGAAGUAUCUUAUGAUAAGGGCGCAGUAUCAUUCUGAACAGAUCGAAGGAAGUUUGGAAUCUGCGAUCUUGUGGGUCGGAGAAGUUUCGAACGACAGUGAUGAUAGUUUAGUUGAAAUGUGCGAAUGUCCUGAAGGAUACACAGGACUCUCUUGUGAAGACUGUGCGUGGGGUUACGUGAAAAUGGUAAAGAAUGGAUUGGAUCAUCAAGAACAUCACGUUUGCGUGAAAUGUGAUUGCAAUGGACACGCGAGUACGUGCGAUCUUGUACUGGGAGAAUGCACUACUUGCGAACAUAACACAGUGGGACCAAAAUGUGAUCGCUGCGCGCCUGGUUUUUAUGGUAUCGCCCUUUACGGAACUCCUGGCGAUUGCAGGAGAUGCGCUUGUCCUCUUUUGAUCGAGUCCAAUAACUUCAGUCCGAACUGUCAACUCGACGACCCUAACGAUAUGAGUAGCGGAUAUGUUUGUACACAGUGUCCGAAAGGAUACACGGGCGAUCAUUGUGAAAGUUGCGACGUAGGAUUUUUUGGAAAUCCUGUUACUCCCCACGGUACUUGCGAACCGUGUCCAUGCAGCGGUGGUCCUUGCGAUCAAGAAACGGGACGUUGUUUAGAAUGUCGAGGUAAUACAGAAGGUUGGAAGUGUGACAAGUGCAAGCCGGCUCAUUACGGGAAUCCAUUGGAGCAGAACUGUUUGCCUUGCGACUGCGACCCCCUCGGGAGCAAUUCCAUUGAAUGCGACGAGAGGAGCGGUCAGUGUCCGUGCAAGCCUUUGUUUGAGGGUCGUGACUGCUCCUCCUGUAUCGAAGGUUACGGGAACGUAACUGCAGGCUGCCGGGAAUGCGACUGCGACGUGGGUGCCCUCGACGAGGUCUGCGAUCCCGUAACCGGCGAAUGCAGGUGCGCGGAUGGCGUCCUUGGCUUCCGGUGCGAUCGCUGCGACGUCGACCAUUACGGCUUGUCCGUGGGAGGCUGCAAAGAUGAAAAUAACAUACGCAUUAUCAGUUUGCGAGGAAUAACACGUUACAAGCAACAAACUCGGUAUCUAAGAACUACCCAAGUGUUGGGAGUUCCAAAGAAAUCUGAGAAAAUCAUCCCCUGCGCGUGCAACGAUUUCCGCGAUAGUUUCGAUGGUUAG